AUGAAAGGAAAUGAAUCGUAUGAUCCUUUGAAGGAGGGAUGCUUUCCAAAAAUAAAUGAUGCUCUAAACAAAUAUACAAUGAAUACUUUAAAUUAUCAUCAUAGUAAUAAUUUUUCAUGUGAGGAAAAUAAGGAAACGUAUAGGGAAAAUACUCUGAAUAUAAAUGUUACGUCAGAUGAGGAUAAUGAAUUAGAGACGUAUAGUUCAAUAAUAUUAGAUAAGAUUAAUCAUUUUAAAGCUCAGGACGAAAAAAUAAUAUACGAGGAAAGUAGAAGAGAACCAAAUAUAUACUCUAAUAUGUCGACUAUUUUAAAUUUCGUAAAGGAACAAAAUAAAAUGAAUACAUUACAUAUAAAAAACUUUAUUAUGGAAAAUUUAAAAGUUACAGAAGAAAUAAAACAUGAUAAAGACAUCAAUAAUUUGAUGAGAAGGAUAGAACAUGAAGAAAUUAAAGAACUUAUAGCGUCGAGUGGGAAAAGGUAUUUUAUGGAAAUAAGAAAGAUAUAUUUACUUAUGAAAAAAUUUAAUAAGGAGGGAUAUUUUCCUGCUUCUAAUAAAGAUGUUUUAAAAAAGCAGAGUUUUAAAAAAAAUAAAAACAUAAAGAAUUUGUUACAAGAAUCGAUUAAAAAAAAAAACAUACAGAUUCAAAAAUUACUUAAACAAUAUAUUAUAUUGAAAGGAUACUAUAAGAAUGUGUGUAAAAAGUAUAAACAGGAAAAUGAACUUUUAAAAAGUUUCUUUUCUUUUUCUAACAAUCAAAGUUAUUAUUUAAAUCUAAAAUAUUCUCCUCCACAUUGUAGAAGAAAUCGUAUAUAUUUUUAUCCUUAUACAAAAUUGUUCAGACGGAAAAGGUUGAGGAGGACCUCACAUUUUAAAGAGGAUAGAUAUGUUAUUUACAAAGAAUAUUUUACAAACUCCAUAUUUAGAAAAUAUACCCAUCAUAAGAAAAGAUAUAAAGAAAUUAUACAAGAUAUAUUGAACGAUAACAAACUACUAAAUCUACAAUUUAAAAAGUAUAAGGAAAAAUAUAAAAAGAACAAAAAGAAAACCUUGCACAUAUCUUCUAAAAAGAAGAAGGAUAAAAGAAACUUGGACCUAUCUUAUAAAAAAAAAAAAAAAAAAAUUAUAUACACACAUUUGUUUUUACCUACGAGAUUAAGGGAAAAAAUAAACAAAAGUUCAAAUUAUAAUUAUUUAAAUAAGGAAAGGGAAAAUAUUUUAUAUAAAGACGAAGAGGAAAAUAUUUUAUAUAAGGAAGAGGAAAAUAUUUUACAUAAGGAAGAGGAAAAUAUUUUACAUAAGGAAGAGGAAAAUAUCUUAUAUAAGGAAGAGGAAAAUAUUUUAGAUAAGGAAGAGGAAAAAAUUAUAAAUAAGAAUGAUGAAGAAAGUAUUACAAAUAGGGAGAAGGAAAAUAUUUUAUAUAAGGAAGAAGAAAAUAUUUUAUUUAAGGUAGAGGAAAAUAUUUUACAUAAGGAAGAAGAAAAUAUUUUACCUAAGGUAGAGGAAAAUAUUUUACAUAAGGUAGAGGAAAAUAUUAUAAAAACGAAAAAUGUGGAAGUAAAAAAGAAAAAAAACACAUUAAAAAAAAAGAAAAAAAAAGAAAAAAAAAAUUUUUUAAAUGAUCAUAUGAAGGAAGUUACUAAGAAUGAUGAUGAUGAUGAUGAUAAUAAUAUGAUAAAGGUAGAAGAAAAAGAAAAAUAUAAUGAUGAAGAUGGAAAGGAAAAUGUGAGUAUAGAUAAUGUAGAAGAGUGUAACAAAAUGAAGGAUGAAUAUGAUAAGAAGGAAAACAAGGUUUCUGACAUAGAAGAAGAAAGUGUUAUCUUGGAUCCAAAAGAGCAAAAUAUGAUUCUAGAUACAAAUAAAGAGAAGUUAAUCUCGAAGGAAAAAAAAAAAAAAAAAAUAAGUAGAAAAAUAAAAAAAACUAAAAUAGAAGAUAAUAAGGAUAUUAAAGAAAAUGAAAAUUUUAAUAAAAUUUAUGAUGAGAAAAAUAUAGGGGAAAAAGAAAAGUGUACCAUAUAUGAGGAAAAAAAUAAAGAGCAUAAUGUAAUUACGGAGAAAGACAAUGUGAAAAUGGAUAAUAUAGAUGAGCAAUAA